AUGGACAAGAAAAAGACAACUAGAAAAUGGAUAGAACAACUAAGAACAAAGGCGACAAAGGAACGAGUCUGGGAAUAUAUUUAUGAACACAAUAAGGCUCAAUAUGAGAAGCAUAUAGAGCAAAUGACAAACGUCAAGAACUAUAUCCUUGAUACAAUCGAACUUGGCCACCAGUCAGAAAUCCAGCAAAUGGAAGAUAUUAAGGAAAUAAUCCGAACUUUGAAGAGACGGUUUGCCCUUACAGAACAACGAGAGAACGACCUGCUCUUGAACCAAGAACGAAGUCUUCUUAAUCUGAAACGCACUCAAAGACCGAAGGAAUGGGCAGAAAAAUGGAGAACCCUCGUACUGGAUAUGAAGCUUGCCAAUUUCUAUGAGUUGUUAGACACAAGAUUGGCACGAGACUUCAUACAAUCCACUGUAGAGAUUGCGCCCAAGUUUCACGACAUCUGGAGCACAAGAAUCCUUAAAUACGAUAUGGGAUUAGAUACAUCAGGCUUAACGGAGAUUCCAGAUAUUAAUGAGAUCAUAGGAACAUUCGACAAACGCGAUAUCGCUAUGGCAACUCUCAAUGGAAAGUCAGAUCAGCCUGAAGACAACAAGAAAAGUCAGAUGAGAUCAAAAUUGAAGGACAAAACAUGUCUCUGCGGCCAGAAGCACCAAUUUGAGGACUGCCCAUACGUGAACCCAGCAAAACGACCUAAGGACUGGGAAUCAGACAUCAGUAUUGAGGAAAAGUUCAAGAAUCUUGAGAAAAAGGACACCCCAUAUGCCAACGCCUUGAAACAGGUUAAGAAAGGACUGGAAAAGAAAAAGAAAGAGCGAGAUUCCGAUACUAGCAAGAAAACAGAUAAGGAUUUGGAAAGAUCGAAUUUUAUGUAUGAUUCUGAUAAGAUUACAUGUGCUGUCAGAUUGGAUACAGUAUUAUUAGCCUCGAACGACAACCUUACAAAUAAAGUCAUAAUGGAUAACGUAUAUCCCACACAACCGAUCAGUGAAAAGGUUAAGCGAAAGGGUAUUAUCGUCCGUGAUGCCUGUCAGGAAUUGUGUCAUAUUCGACGAGAAGGAAAUCUUUACCUUAUUGAAUGGGAUGAGAAUAAGCCAGCACGCAGUUCGCUUAGUGUCGACUUUGCCUUCAAUUCCAUGGAGAAAAACAUACUCAAAGAUCUGAUGAAUGUGUGGCAUAAAAGAUUCGGACACGUAUCAUCCAGAGCUAUUGAGAAACUCCAAGAAGCAAUAGAGGGAGCUAUUGUUAUGUCAGUUCCAAGCCGCAAUAACGAGGGAUUCAAAAUCAAAUGUGAAACCUGCGAACUUACCACGGCCAAACGUCAAAUCAGCAGGGUAGCGAUGCCGCUACCAACAAGGCCAUUUUAA